CUAGGCCAGUGGGCCCCUCCGGGGCUUUGGAACUUCACCACUGAACAAGUGCAAAAUCCAGAAAAACUAGUAAAACACUUAGAUGAGGUGUGUUGUCAUCCUAGUCAUACCAGAGAGGGACAAAUCAUGGCAACGUGCUGGGGCUUGGCCUGUGCUUAUAGAGCCUUGUUCAACACUAUCCAGCACCUUCAAAGGGAAAAAAAAAGUCUCUGGAUCUGAUGGCAAAGCAACAGACAACGCAGCUACUCCAACUCCAAUAGCUACACCAACCCCAGCAACAAGUACAGCAGCUACCCAAACCCCAACAACAGAUACUGCAGCCACUCCAACCACAGUGAUAAUCACUACAGCUAAACCAGAGAACCAAUUUGUGCAAUAUCAGUUGCCCCUGUACGCAAGGGGAAAAGCAAAAUAGAAACAAGAUGAAGCAAGAUGAAGAAACAAUGAAGUUACUACACGGGACAGCAUCUGAUCAGGAGUUAUUAGUACUUGAAUCAGAGGAAGAAGAGGAAGAAGAGGUGGCUUCUUAACCCUGGACCUCAACUGAGCUAUAGAAUAUACAAAAAGAUUUUACCCAUCAACCAGGGGAGCAAAUCAUCACCUGGUUGCUCUGAUGCUGGGACAAUAGGGCUGAUGGUCAUGAACUAGAAGGUAGGGAAGCCAAGCAGCUUAGAUCACUUGCUAGGGAAGGGGGAAUUGACAGGGCAAUUGCAAAAGAGAAACAGACCCUCAGCCUUUGGAGGCAGCCCUAGGCAGCUGUGAAAGAAAGGUUUCCAUGCAAGGACAAUGUUAUGAGCCGUUCAGCCAAUUGGACUACUCUAGAGAAAGGCAUCCAGUCUCUGAGUAAAUCUGCCAUUGUAAAGAUGAUCUACCACAGGCCAAAUGCUGGGAUUGCACCCAUAGGUCCAGAUGAAGUUGAAUGUACACGACCCAUGUGGCAGAAAUUUACACAGAAUGCACCAUCAUCAUAUGCCCAUUCAUUGGCACCAAUAACCUGGCAUGACGUAGCACCACCAACAGUGGACGAAAUGAUUCAUCAACUCCAAGAGUUUGAAGACCAUCUCACCCCUUCCAUCAUUUCAACUGUGGAAAAACUGUCUCAGGAGUUAAAACAAUUGAGAGAUGAUUUAUCCAAUUUAUCCAGCUCCCCACAUGUACCAACCCAUGUCUCAACUAUUAAAAGGUAUCCUACUGCUCGAAAGAGAAGAUAUAGGAGGUAUACACCAUGGGCCACCCUAUGGUUUUACCUGCAAGAUCACAGAGAAGACAUGAAGAAGUGGGAUGGAAAACCUACAUCAGAUUUGGAGGAACGGGUGCAUGAAUUGAAGAGAAGACCAAAGGUCAGGGAUGAUCAUCCCAUGAAGGCUGUGGCUUCAGUCUCUGGUGAGCAGGUUCCCGGAUGGAGUGGAAGAGCUGAUUUUAUUCCAGCUCCUGUGAUAAAGACUAAUCCCUGUCAAGAAGACUUAAGUGACUAUUAA